ACAACCAAACAGUGAAUGUCAAUUAGGGGGCAACCGUUUAAAAGUGUGCAAAGAAAAUUAAUUUCGGCGAAAUUUACACAAAUUUGCCGCACAGUGUAAGGUCGAAUAUUUAUGCUAAUUGGUACACAAGUCUGGAAAGUUGGAAAGUGGUGUGAAAAUACAUAAAUAAAUAAAAUUUCCAGCAGCAGCAGCCGCCCGGAAGUCGGGGUGGCAUCUGUUAAGCGUGCAAAUGUGACGUUUCAGCUGUCAGUCGGACAGAUCGAUUGGAUUCGCGAGAAAGAGGAAAAAACAGAGCUUCUGGUUUAUAACUUCCUUGAGCAGAGCAGAAAGGCAGAGUGGCAGAAUCUUCGGUUAAGGUCAGACCUGGAGAUUCUGGCAACACUGCCUCACACACACACACGAGGUCAUCCCCGCCAAAACCAAUGAAAUUUCACGGUUUAUCGCACUCGAGAUAUUCCGGUGGAAUUCUCCGGUGGAGGUGGAACAGGAUCGCCCCCUCGCGGCAAGGGGUCGGACACACUGCGGCAUCCGGUCACCGCCGACGGAGUGAAAUCUGUGAAAAUAAAUAAAUAAAUGUUAUUGGACGGGACACGGCUGCCAAGACUAGUGACUGAUAAGGUUGGGAGGAAAAUUUCGGUCAAGUGACGUUUCGGUUUUGACAGUUCUCCGGUGGAAGAAGUGAUAUAUUGACAGUUUAUCCGUCAAAAUGGUGCCAACCUGUAAAGUGUACUGACCUCGGCCCCGUGUCGAAUCGCGCGAAAACCGUCGUUAUUAUCAAUGCAGGAUAAUUAAUUUUCCCGACCCCGGAGAGGUUUCAGUUUCAUUUUGCGCGCCCGGAGCCCAAUCGUAACCGGGGUUGGCCACGUGGCCCGGUUCAAUGACCUCGUUCGAACCGCUGGGAAUCGUCGGCGGCCAACAACAACAACAACAACCGUAUCUCUUCAACAAUAAUGGUUCCUCGGCGACCCUCCUGGACAUGGAUAGCCCACUGGUGGACGGUGACCUCGGGAACUGGACCGGGCCCCGGUUCGUCCAGAGCUCCGAGGAGGGCACCCUGGACGUGACCUAUGCCGUGUUCGAGGGUCUCGUGGCCCUGAUGGCCGUCAUCGGCAACGCCAUGGUCAUUGUGGUGUUCAAACGGGAGCGGCGACUCCGCCGGAGGACCAACUUUUACAUCGUGUCCCUGGCGGUGGCGGAUUUCCUCGUGGGACUGCUCGGGGUUCCGUUUGCGGUGCUUUCGUCGGUGGGUCUGCCGCGGAAUCUGCACGCGUGCCUGUUUACGAUCUCGCUGUUGAUCGUGCUGUGCACGAUUUCGAUCUUCUGCCUGGUGGCCGUCUCGGUGGACCGGUACUGGGCGAUUCUGCAUCCGAUGGCGUACUCGAGGAAUGUCAGGACCAAGACGGCGAUUGUCAUCAUCAGCCUGUGCUGGCUCGCCGGGUCCAUCAUCGGGUUCCUUCCCCUGUUUGGGUGGCACGAGAAGCCCCAGAUCGACACGUGUCUCUUCACCAAGGUGAUGGACUACGACUAUCUGGUGUUUCUGUACUUUGCCACCAUCAUCACGCCGGCCCUCAUCAUGCUCGGCUUCUACGCGCACAUCUAUCGGGUGAUUGUGAAACAGCUCCGCCAAAUCGUCACGAUGAACCCGUCCGGUGGCCUAUCCUCCUCCUCCUCCGAGAGCCGCCGCCCCUCGGAGAGCAGCCGCAUCCGGAUAUCGACCACCCCAAGCGGCCGUCCCGGCAAACACGGCCACGGCGGCGGCACCAUGCUGCGCGUUCUCGGCGCCGCCCAAAAGCGCGAAGUCAAAGCCACCCAGAACCUCUCGAUCAUCGUGCUCUUCUUCAUGAUCUGCUGGAUCCCGCUGUACACGAUCAACUGCAUCGUGGCCUUCUGCCGGGACUGCCAGAUCCCGCCGACGUUGAUGCUGUUCUGCAUCAUCUUGUCCCAUCUGAACUCGGCGGUUAAUCCGCUGCUGUACGCGUACCACCUGAAGGACUUCCGGGCUGCGCUGCGCAAUCUGAUCAUGAGCAUGCUCGGGUACGACGUAACCACGCAGGAUCUCAACUAUAGGGCUAGUUUGGCCAGCCAGCAGCAGCAGAUUGCCCAGCGGCACUCGAUCAUGGACAAGCGGCUGUCGCUGCAGCCCAAGAUUUACAUCGAUUCCCCCGUGUACCACCGCACCCAGCAGCAGCUGCUCCGCUCCCAGCAGCACUCGCUGGUCCAGCAACACUCGCUGGAACGCUCCGAAAGCGGUGCCUCCUUCCAGAGUCUCAACACGGCCACGGCCACCAAGAAGCGCCUCAUCAGCAGCACCCGGUCCGACCCCGGCUCGCCAAACGUCAUCGUCAGCACUUCCGCCAUCAGCCCCUCCGAAUCCAACUGCUCGACCCCCCAACGGUACGAACCUCCGCCGACGCGCGGAACCUUCGAAAUGUGGGGCAUUGCCGAGGUUUCCAGCAUCAACGAGGACAGCGGCCACCGGAAGUCGCUCGAAGACCUGGCCCCGGAGCGGGCCUCCCUCGAGGUCGACUUUGACGAUCUGGGCGCGGAACUGCAGGAAAUCCUCGACAACGCCAAACAUCACCCGCCGGAAGAAGACCGCAACGUGAGCGCCCUCUACAGUAUUGUCACCGCCAAGCGGCGAAGCCACAGCACCUGCUGCAUCAUGGCCGAACCGGAAGUGCCCUCCUCCCUCCCCGACUCGGUCUACCUGAUAGAGAACGACUCGCCGACCCGAAUACUCGCCAAAACGACCUGCAACGGAGCCGACUCCGUCAACAACAACAACUUCAAGGUCAAUUCUAGUCCCGUCGGGAACCGCCCAAUCAGCAAGUCAUUCUCACUGUUUGCCAACGUGGCCGCCACGACGGCGACGACGGCCAAGCCGACCUCACAUUCCAGCCUUUUCAAGCUGUUUGCCAGCGGGCCAGCGGGCAAACACCAGCGGAUUCUGCAGCGCAGCUUCAAGUUCAACCGGCGGUCACUGUCGAAUGACAAGUGAGCGGAAGUGGCGAAGGAAGACUCUAUUGUUCUCUGCAGCUCGUAGCGUGACAGUGACGGCUUUAGGUUAGGUUAAGAUGAGCCUCUAGCUUGUAUUUACUUGUGCGAUCUGUUGAGGAAACACCCUCUCCCUCUCUCGAUUUUAAGCAGUUUAAGUGAAAGUAUUUAAGAAG